UCUCUUUGCAAAUCACUCUAUUGACAUCCAAAAUGGCCAUUUCUUCUAAAUAUAUUGCUAUUUUUCUCAUUUUUAUUUUCCUUUCUUUUCCAUCAAAAAUCACAUGUCAAUCUGAAAAUAAUGAUACAACUCGAUCAAAAUGUGGUUCAGAUACUGGACAUGGAUGUAGAAACAAGAAUGAGGCAUUAAAGCUAAAACUUGUUGCCAUUGCUUCAAUUCUUGUAACUAGCAUGAUUGGUGUUUGUUUGCCCCUUGUUUCUCGUACAGUUCCUUCCCUUCAACCCGAUAAGAAUUUAUUCGUGUUGGUUAAGGCGUUUGCUUCCGGGGUUAUACUAGCCACGGGAUACAUGCACGUUAUGCCUGACUCGUUCGAUUGUCUUAGGUCAGACUGCUUACCGGAUAAUCCCUGGAAAAAAUUUUCCUUCACGACUUUUGUUGCCAUGCUUUCGGCUAUUCUUACUCUUAGCGUGGAUUCAUAUGCCAUGAGUUACUUCAAGAAGUAUAAAUUGGAAAAUGGAAGAGAUUUUGUUCAUAAUGGGAAGAUGGAGUCACAAAUUAUUGACAAUAAUAGCCACAUUCAUGGUGAAGCCAAAGUUGAUGACAAAGCUACUCAAUUGCUUAGGUAUCGCGUGGUGGCUCAGGUUUUGGAGCUAGGAAUUGUUGUGAAGUUGUUUAUUGUGUUUUCUUGGAUUGUCUUUGUGUUGGUACUAGUUUUCAAGAUGAUGUUGUGUAGUUAUGUUAUGUUGCAGAUGUUUGAAGUUUAUGUAUUAGGUUCAGAUGAAGUUUGAAGUUAAACUACAAAAAUGAAAUAUGAAGUUUGCAGAUGUAUAUAUGUAUUAGCUUCAGAUUUUGUAAUUCUGCAUUUGUAAUGGUUCUCU